AUGUCGUCCGCGAUCGCCACGGCGAUCACGCCACGUUCUCUGAUCAUACCCCUGAUCCACGUGCACCCUGAUCAAGCCCGUCUCCUCGAUGGCAACUUACGAGUGGGCACAGAGAUCCGACGGACCGAUGGGGCCUUACUGCUCAAGCCGGCUACCUCGUUCACGGACCUUGAGCGUCUAUUGCUCAAGCAGAUCGAUGCACGUUUCGAGAAGAUGUCCGUUGGAGAUCGUAUAGCGGCUAGUGUUCUUGUACUACCUGGGCGAGAAGACGCAGGGACGAAGAAGAAGGUUAGUGGCGCUCGCCGUGACGGUAGCAUCUUUGUUACCAUUUCGGACGAGCAACGCUGGGAGGCAGCGAGACCCAUGCUUCUCGAAGGCAAAGCAGAAUUGGUACUAUGGUUCACGCAGCAGGCCGGAGGGUUUGAUGUUUUGUUGGAGAGAUUGAAGGCAGACAUGCUUUUAGGACCUACGAAGUCCCCACUAGGAUCGCCCGCAAACGUGCAAGAAGCCGUGGCAGAGGUAAAGAUUGCAUGGACAGGCCUCGAAAUGGCUAUGGAAGGCCUUCUUCUGUGGCGGAAACCCAGAACGGCAUCGAGGGCUAUGGGUAUAUAUGCUGAUGUGGAAGCGGAUCAUGGCAAGCAGCGUGUGCUGAGUGAGAAGCAAGUGUGCCUGAUGAGAUAUUGA